GCCAGACCUGCAGAAACUCAUCUAUCACACGUCCUCAGACCAUUUUUCAGAGCUAGACGCCAUCGCCGUGCUCUAGUCUCACACACCGCUAGCAGUAUAGAAUAGUUAUAAUUGGUGUGAGUGUGCGAGUCCUGUUUUUGGUGUGUCUGUGACAACUCCAACAUCAUGGCACCAACUAUCAUGAUGCGACCUACUAAAAAGGACUGGCAACGUCAGUCACAGUCCGAAUCCGAGGAUGACGACAUGGUUGGAAAGAAAGAUUUGUUGCCGCUAGUAAUGUCCCAAGUCGGCCAACAUUUUGUGCCCUUGGUUAUAACAAUGGUAGGUUUGCCAGCACGUGGCAAAACCAUUCUUGCCUAUAAGAUUCAACAAUAUCUCAACUGGACAAAUCAUAAAGCUAAAGUGUUUUCUGUGAGCUCAUACAGACGUAAACACAUCGAGUUGUAUAGUAGCCAUGACCUCUUUCGUAAGGAAAACAGUGAAGCUGCUGAAAUUCGUCAAUUAAGUGCUCAAGAAGCACAAGAUGACGCCACUAAAUGGUUACAAGAUGGAGGAGAUGUAGCUAUAUUGGAUGGCACUCAUAUAACACAAGCUCGUCGUCAAACAGUAUACGAUCAUUUUGCUAAAGUCAUGGGGUAUAAGGUAUUAUUUAUUGAGUGUGUUUGUGAUGAUGAAAUGCUUAUUGAGCUCAAUGUCAAAGAAGUAAUGCAAUUCAGUAAGGACUAUAGAAAUAUGUCCAGUGAGAAAGCUCUUGAUGAUUUUCAUCACAAGAUUGAACAUUACAUGGAACAACAUGAACCAAUGAAACCAAAAUCAGAAGGCUAUAGCUACAUAAAAUAUUUAAAUGCAGGAGAAUCACUAACUGUUUGUCGUUUGAAUUCUCCUAUGCAAAGUGAGGUGCUAGCCUUUGUUUCAAAUUUCAAACCAUUAGCAAAAACAUUUUAUUUUUCAAGACAUGGAGAAAGUGAAAACAAUGUUUUGGGUCGUAUUGGAGGAGAUGCAGAAUUGUCGGUCCGUGGUCGCACUUAUGCCGCGGCAUUGGCGCGCUAUUUUAAUAAUGAGAAUCGUUUAGAAGGACUACGCGUCUGGACAAGUGAAUUGAAACGCACCCACCAGACAGCUCAAGGUAUUAAAGCACCAAUAGAACCAGUGCCCUAUUUGAAUGAGUUAUACGCUGGUGUAUGCGAAGGAUUGAGUUAUGAAGAGAUGCAAUGCAAAUUUCCACAAGAGUUUGCUUGGCGUGAUCAAGAUAAGUUACAGUAUCGCUAUCCAUGGGGUGAGUCUUACAUAGAUAUUAUGACACGAUUGAAACCAGUAUUGUUGGAACUUGAGGGAGAUAUGGAUAAUCUGUUGAUAAUCAGUCACCAAGCUGUUUUAAGAUGCUUACUUGGAUAUUUCUUAAAUAAGAAACACGAAGAAUUACCGUACAUUAAUGUACCUUUGCACACCAUCAUCAAGUUGACUUUAAGCGGAUACAAAUGUAAAAUGGAAGUUAUAAAGCUGAACAUAGAAUGUGUGGACACAUACCGCAUGCAACCAAAAAACUGCUCUGUCAAUCGUUCAACUGAUGAUGCCUUACUGACAGUGCCAGCUCAUUUUGAGAAUUUAUCUUUGUGGAAUCAUGCGCCAAUCGUUCAGCUUUGAACACAAUCCAAACAUAAUAUACAAUUAGAUAUAUUUGUGUUUGUAAUACUUUGAAUGUUUACAUAGACUUUAAUUAAUUUAAAAUAUCCCAAUAAUCUUAGAUCUUUAAAUUUUAUAACACCAUUGCAUUUAAAAUGGUUUGAUAUUAUAGAAGACGUAAUGUUUAAUUUCGGGUUAGAGUUAUCAAAUUAACUUUAAACUAUGAUAAGAAAAUUCUAAGUGAAUAUUAAUAAUUUGAUUAAUUUUGACAUUUACGGACCAUGUUAGGAGAUGAUAAAUAUUAGAGAUAUUUUAAUAAUUUUUAAAUAUAGAUUUGGAAGAAUACAAACUAAAUACUAUUUAUUAGGGAUUAAGUGUUAUAAAUUAUAACUUAUAAUUUAUAAGUACAUGAAAAGUUAUGGAUUUCUAUAGUUUGUUUAUUACAUUCAUAUAGUAUAUUGUUAUAACGUAUAUUUAACUUAAACAAAAUAAAUUCUAUUGUCUCUAGAUCCCAUGCUAGUUUCAUAGUAUUGAAAAUAUUUGACGUUAUUAAAAAAAAAAAAAUGAGUGAGCGCAUGUGUUUGAUCUCUUAUACUUAUACAUAUGUGUAUAACAUUUUAUGAUCGCACAAACACAAUAUUAUAGUUCUGCUAAAAUACGAACAAGUUCCUAAGUAGCAGCGACAGAAAAAUAUUUCUGCCGAUAAAAAAAAUAUGAAAUCCAAUAAUUAUAUUAAUUAUUACCUUUUUUUGUGACAAACUAUUCUAUUCUUCCAUUUUAAUUAUUAGUUUAAAUAUUUUUGUACUGUAGUUAUGUUUGAUUUAUUACAUGUUUUUUACUUUAAACCAUAUUCAUUGUUGUUAAAAAAAAAAAAAAAUGGUAAUAUUAUUGAAUUUGGAUAUAAGCCGACGUUUUUGUAGCAUACUUUUGUAGCUUAUCGAUACAUUUACAUUUAAUGUAAUUUUGUCUGGAUUUAAGUAAUUAAAUAAUAAAUAAAUAUGGUACAAAUUUCCAA